AUGGAAACCGCACCGGAAGGAGGCAACCAGUCCACGAGCCAUCAACAUGUCCACCCUAGUGACCUUGAGAAGCAAGCUCGUCAGGAGCCUCAACAAAGCUCCUGCACCAAGCAAUCAGCGUUUAAGGGCCUAGGGAUUUUAGACCGCUUCCUAGCACUAUGGAUCUUUCUAGCAAUGGCCAUUGGAAUCAUCCUAGGAAAUUUUGUCCCAAAUACUGGUCCCGCCUUGCAACGAGGGACUUUCGUUGGCGUCUCAGUGCCUAUUGCUGUUGGCCUCCUGGUGAUGAUGUACCCUAUCCUCUGUAAAGUGAGAUACGAGUCCCUUCAUCGUGUGUUCUCCACUCGGGAGAUCUGGAUCCAAAUUGCCUUCAGUAUUAUUGUCAAUUGGAUUAUUGCCCCUUUCAUGAUGUUGGCUUUAGCUUGGGCCUUCCUCCCAGACGAACCUGAGCUCCGCCAGGGCCUCAUUCUAGUAGGCCUAGCACGAUGUAUCGCAAUGGUCUUGAUCUGGACAGGACUGGCUGGUGGCGACAACGAAUAUUGCGCAAUCCUUGUUGCCGUCAAUUCGCUCCUACAGAUGGUACUCUUUGCGCCCAUGGCCAUUUUCUUUAUCGAGGUUAUCAGCGGCGGAGACAAUAUUGCUCUCUCUUACAGCACCGCAGCUAAAAGUGUUGCGGUCUUCCUUGGAAUCCCACUUGGAGCGGCUAUUGUGACUCGCUUCGGCAUUCGCACUCUGACAAGCCCUGACUGGUAUGACAGGGUGUUUCUCAAGUGGAUUAGCCCCUGGUCACUAAUUGGGCUUCUGUUUACGAUCCUUAUCUUGUUCGCAUCACAAGGCCGUCAGGUGGUCCACCAGAUUGUUUCCGUAGUCAGAGUCGCCGCGCCCCUUAUAGUCUAUUUUGUCCUGAUCUUCUUCGUGACCCUCUUUAUCACUUGGAAGCUUGGAUUUGGGUACAAGCUGGCUGCUACACAGAGUUUCACCGCGGCGAGCAAUAACUUUGAGCUCGCUAUAGCUGUCGCUGUUGCAACCUUCGGGGCGGAUAGCAACCAGGCUUUGGCGUCAACUGUUGGCCCGUUAAUCGAGGUUCCUGUUUUGUUGGGCCUUGUUUAUGUUGCCAGGCCAAUUGCCAAGCGGGUUGGUUGGAAGGACUGA